CUCCACGCUGAGUUGCCAGAAGCAAAGCGAAGAGCAGCGAUAGAGAGCAGCGGUGGAGGGGCUGAAACAUAUCGGUCGGUUGGCCUCUGAUCAGCAGAGGAACCUGGAGCCCACCUGCCCAGCUCACCCGCUCCUCUUCCAGAUCAAUACGUGGCAGAGCCCGGAGUAUGUCCCGCUCCCUGAGCUGAAGGAGAACCGCUCGUCUGUAUGAACGUGAUGAUGGCCAACUGCACCAGCGUCCAGUAUGAGCCCGUGGCAGAAAUUGGUGGGGGUGCCUAUGGGACCGUGUACAAGGCCCGCGAUACGGAGAGCGGGAAAUUUGUUGCUCUGAAGAACGUUCGUGUGCAGACGGACCAAAAUGGCCUCCCGGUGUCCACAGUUAGAGAGGUGGCUCUUUUGAAACGGAUGGAGCAGUUUGAUCACCCCAACGUGGUCAGGCUAAUGGACGUAUGCGCCACUCAGAGGUCGGACCAGGAAACGAAAGUCACCCUAGUGUUUGAGCAUGUGGACCAAGACCUGAAGACGUAUUUAGCGAAAGCUCCAGCUCCUGGAUUAUCUGCUGACCGUAUUAAAGACUUAAUGAGGCAAUUGCUGUCUGGCCUGGCGUUUCUUCACUCUAACCAUGUGAUGCACAGAGACCUGAAACCUGAGAAUAUUCUAGUGACUAGCCAGGGUCAGGUGAAGCUGGCUGACUUCGGCCUCGCCAAGAUCUACAGCUGCCACAUGGCUCUCACUCCUGUGGUAGUGACUCUGUGGUACCGCCCUCCAGAAGUCCUGCUGCAGUCUUCUUAUGCGACCCCUGUUGAUAUUUGGAGCACCGGCUGCAUCUUUGCUGAGAUGUUUCGACGCAUACCUUUGUUCUGUGGAGAAUCAGAAAUGGAUCAGCUUGGGAAAAUCUUUGAGGUUAUUGGCUUGCCGCCGCCGGAGGAGUGGCCCACUGAUGUUACAGUACAAAGGAAAAACUUUCCCCCUCUCAAGGCGCGCCCAAUCACAGAUUUUGUUCCAGAGAUAGACGAGCAGGGGGCCAAGCUGCUGAUGGAAAUGCUGGCGUUUGAUCCUGUGAAACGGAUAUCAGCCCUGAGCGCUCUAGAACAUCCUUAUUUCCAGGACGAGGAGAAGAAAAGCUGAAAACAGACUUUUAAAUAAUGCCAAAAAGAGGCAACAUUGUCUUAAAUUUAGGAUUUUAUUCAGUGAGCUGCCCUUUUUAGCAUAGCCUGCACUGUGAAAGGUUCUUUUUUUUCAUACGCAUCAAAAAAAGGAGGACGAGAGAAUCACUGGCUUCUGAACUUUUCAUAAUUACAGUUGUAGACUGCCAACAGUACCGGUGUUUAUCUGACGUCAACAGGGACUGAUGUCUUCUCAUCCGCAGUGCUUCUCAUUUGUCUAAAUGUCCAACCUGAUUGUUGUCAAUGUAAUUGUUUUUUUAAAACAUUUUGUGAUAUUCCUCCAACAGGACCAAGAAAAAUGUUUGUGACUGCCUUUUAACUGUAGUGACCUUAGUGACAACUGUAUUCAAGUUAGGAGGAAUCCGCUAAAGGAGACUGCACAAUUAAAACGCACAGUUUAAAGAAAUGUCUCUUUAUCUGCAAAAAAGUGUUCUUGAUUUAUAAAUUUCAUGUGUUUGUGUUACGCUGAGAAAACCAACUGAAACCAACCAGGACCAUAAAUAAAUUGGACCUAAUUCAAUCACUGUCA